AUGGAGCAUUCACAUAAAAUGGCAGGAGAUAAAAUUAAUACAUUACGCUUAAUUUUUCAUUUAGGUACAGUUUUGCAUCAUGCUUUGGUAAUUUAUUAUUUAGCUGAUGCUGUAAUCUGUGUGAGAAAGAUAAAUAAUCCCUGGAUUCAGCGCCUUGAAAGAUUUCAAGGAAGAUUUUUAACAAUGUGGAAUUUUGCAAUGCAGGCAUUUUAUUACACUGUGUGUAUUUUGCAAGAUACACUAGAACUGAAGUCAAAUAAUCAUUUGCAACAUAUGAAUCACUAUAUAAGGAAACUCAACAGUUAUAUCUUCCAGGCCUUUGUAUUUCCAUUAUCUCCUGCUAUAUCAUUGGUAUUUUGGAGUAUAUAUUUAAUAGACCGUGAACUGGUAUUUCCUAAAAUUUUGGAUCAGUGUUUUUCUGUUUGGUUAAACCAUGGCCUCCAUACAGUUAGCAGUGUGAGCGUAUUUACUGAAAUGUUUAUAACAUCUAACUGGUAUACUAUUUCACGACGGAAGGCUGUUUGGGGAAUCACAGCAAGUCAAGUUGCUUAUGCUAUAUGCUUCUUUUCAACAUACUACUUUGAUGGAGUAUGGCUCUACCCAAUAUUUAUAACAUCUACCUGGCCACUUCGUAUUUCCUUAGUACUCCUAAUAUAUGUAUGGACACUGGUGACAUAUACAUUUGGUGAAUAUCUGAGUACAAGAAUUUGGGGUCAUGAAAUUCAAAUGCUGAAAGCACAGGAGACUUCAAAAAAGAACAAGCAAAUCUAGAUUUUUGCACACAACUAUGGGAGUAAUUUCAACAGCACAUUCAAAUUUAUACACAGUCUUACCAAAAGACUUUGUGCAUUGGUCUUACAUGUCACCAA